CCAACGCCACGAAAUGCAUCAGUGAUCAGUGAGCCGAGUUAAGAGCGAGUCAGUCGAAGCGAACCCCAAAAUCAGCAGCAGCAAAUAUGAGAACCGUGAUCUUCGUGCUGGCCGCCAUUGUGGCCGUCAAUGCCCAGAGUUCGUGUGUCCGCACGCCCGUGUACACGGAGAAGAUCGAUCCGAUCAACUGCCCCAAGGCAGGGAUUAAGCUGCCCAACUAUGAGAAUGCCCAGACCUACUAUCAGUGCGCCAAAGUGGGCGGCACUGGCACGCUGACAACCUGCCCCAACUCGGGCUACUUCAGCUACGUGCUGCAGAACUGUGCCUCCUGCGACUCGUACAUACCCUCCACCACUUGCUCUGCUCUGCCCUUCAAGGCCACCUGCGUGCCCAUUGGUGCCACCACACCGGCCGUCACCACACCGGCACCAUCGACCACGGGCAGCGCAACCACCGCAGAUGCUGGCAAAACCACGGCUGGAGUCACCACAGCGGCACCCACCACCACCGUAGCUAUGCCAGGGCCACCCACCGAUUCUGGCAUCAGCACGAACGCUCCCGGGGAUACACCUUCGGGCACCACCAUCUUCAUUCCCCAGCCACCCUCCCCAGGAGAGAGCAAUGUGCCCACUCCGGUGACGCCUGUGCCCACCGCCCCGAACCUAGAUCCCACUCCCCCCACCGCACCCGAGGCAUCUGUCCCGAAUUAAACGCAACGUUAAGCACUUCCGCACAGUUAAAGAUAUUCCCAUGAAUAAAGUGUUCGCCAGAACAAUGAUCCAAUA